UCGGCGUCACCUCGGUUCAAUAACCACGCACCAUUAUACCCCCCCGACUUACCUGAGCUCAUUGAACCAGCUCACAAACCCCUCCAACAUCAACAAUGAUCUCCCUCCCCCCCUUCGAGGGCUUCCUCCCUCAAUGGCUCGUCCUGGUCUCCGUCGUCUCCGCCGCAAACAGCCUACAAGCCUACCGCUCCGAAGCCUACGCAGCCGAGCUCUACAACGGCCGCACCCCGGAGGGCUACGUCUUCACCAACCCGCUCUCCUCGCGCACCUUUGGCACCUGGACCUUCCUCUCCGCCGUCAUCCGCUUCUACGCCGCCUACAACAUCAACAACCCGGCCGUGUACGACCUGGCCCUGUGGACGUUCGGCAUCGCGCUGGUGCACUUCGUCGGCGAGCUGGUGAAGGGGAGCGCCCGGCUGCGCGGCCGCUUCGUCAGCCCGCUGCUCGUCGCCUCGUCCACGUUGACCUGGAUGUUCUGGGAGCGGUCGUGGUAUUUGAGUAACUAGUUUACCCGAAAGGAAAAAAGGGAGUGGGGGUGAGAGAGGUUUCCUGGGAGGGAAGGGUUUAUCUUGUUCGGUUCAGUGGGGUUCGUUCAAGCGGUAUUACUGUAUGUGGGAAUGGGCGCAGGCUGGGGCGGGGUGAGGAGGAGGAGGAGUAAUGGAUACGGG